AUGGCAGAGAAGUCAGAGGACUGGAGGCACUCCCUGCCCACGGAGAGGAAGCUCGUGUGGAGGACGGCGGAGGAGAGGCGGAUGUCAGACCUCACGCGGGUGCUGGAGUGGAUGGAGCGGAGGCAGGGAAAGAAGAAGCAAGCUCUCCAGAAGAACAAGCCCACGGCAGGGAUAGGCGUGGCAGAACCUGCGAAGGAAGAAAAGAAAACCAAAACUGCCCUAAAAUGUCAGGGAGCCCGCCGCAGGAGCCAAGGGAACCAACAGGUGGCGUUCUCUGAGCAGAUCUCCUCCCAGGCCUCAGGGCAAAACUCCAAGAAGGAGGACGAAACCUCUGCCCUGUACCGAAGGCUCUACAGAGUGGAAGCAAAAGGAAAACGCCUCAGCAGCCUGACCCCGAGCAUCAACUCCAGGGACACACCCAGGAUAUCUGACUUAGACAUCAAGGAUGCAGUUGCUCAAGAGUCCACUCAGCGCCCAAUGCCAUACCGUCGACAAAGCAUCAUAGAACCCAUAUUACAGGACACUGCCUUUGCCCAACGAAAGUCAACCCUCUUCAGAGAGUGGGGGAGCAAGAUGCCUGAUGCCUCUUAUGAGCGAAAACUGAAAAGCCUCAUGGAGAAGGGCACGGAGCCCAAGAUGGAGAUGAUGAAGAUGUUGAAGCCGGAAGAGGUGCUGAGCUGCCGAUACCUGAGGUUAUCCAGAACAACAUUCGAACCUUGCUCAAGCUGUGCAAGGAUGCGGGAAUGA